AUGACGAACUUCUGGAAAUGUGAUUGCAAGAAUAAGCAAGAAACAGACAAGGUGAGGAAGAGAAACUUCAGUUUCAAAAGUCACCAGAUCAACAAAAACACUGACAAAAAAGCCCAGCCUGGGUUUGAAGGACGAGUGUCACGUUUGGAGCCUGAUGUGAGUCAGAAAAACUGCAGCAUCAUCAUUAAUGAUCUCAAAGAGUCUGAUUCUGGAUCAUAUCAGCUCAGAGUUACUGGUGAACUGAAUGGAAAACAAGAUGGAUUCUCAUUCAGUCAGAGAGUAACUGUCUCUGUUAAAGGUCUUAUUCAGAAGCCCACAGUAAUGAUUCCCACACUGACAGAGGGCCAGCAGGCCACACUGACCUGCACUGCUCCUGGUCUCUGCUCUGGAUCUGUUCCUGGAAUCACCUGGACAUGGAGAGGAGCAGGAGGGACUGAAUCUUACAUUAUAGGAAACAGCACUGAUUUCAAGACUGAGAGUCUGACUGCUUUCAGACAGAGACACAGCUCAACUUUGACCUUUAACCCUUCAGCUGAACACCACAACACCAAUGUCACCUGUAAAAUCCACUUCACAGGUGAAACGACUACAGAAAAGACUUCAGGUUUGAAUGUAAACUAUAAAGGGAAACCUCAGAUCAUUGGGAAUAAAACCGUUAAAGAGGGUGAUGAUCUCAAUCUGACCUGCAGUAUUGAAAGUUUCCCUCCAGCUCUUACUGGUUUUCAAAGAUCCAGGAUGGCUCUGGAUGUGUGCUUCAGUCAGAGGUACUGA